UUCUCCAAUCAGCAGUGCACUUGUCGCCUUGACCCUUCGAGUAGAGUCGCGAUAGCCAUGCAUGGACGCCGACGGGCUCCAUGCAACCACCACCAUGUCUUCCUCUUCCUCCAUUACUAGCACACAACGACAAUCCAAGAAGAAGCCCAAGCCCAAGCACGUGAAGAGCCACAAGGCGGCCGCCGCUGCGGCGGGCGACCAUUGCCAAGCACGGGAACGGGAAGCCACGGAUGGCGCCAUGAUGUGCGCGGAGGAUGAGGAGAGGAACAGCGGCGGCGCGUCCUCCGGCGAGCACGCAGCGUCAGCGAGCUGCCGCAGCCGGAAGAGAGGGGCCGCCGGCAGGCACCCGUCGUACUGCGGCGUGCGGCGGCGCAAGUGGGGCGUGUGGGUGUCGGAGAUCCGGGAGCCGCGCAAGGCAUCGCGCAUCUGGCUCGGCACUUUCCCGACCGCCGAGAUGGCCGCGCGCGCGCACGACGUCGCGGCGCUCGCAGUCAGGGGCCGCGCCGCGCGCCUCAACUUCCCGCAGCUCGCCCACCAGCUCCCCCGCCCGGCGUCCGCUUCACCGGCAGACAUCCAGGCCGCCGCCGCCAUGGCCGCCGCGGCCGGCGGCGUCGACGCUGCUGCUCUCGUCGGCGAGUGCGAGGACGACGUGGUGUCGCCCUCUGCUGCCGAGACGUCGUCGCCGCCGUCGUCAUCGUCUAGCUCCUCCUGUGCAGCUGCGGGGCCGCCGGCGGGCAGCAGAGACGACGACGACAACGCGAUGACGGCAGCGCUGUUCGACCUGCCCGACGACCUUCUGCUGGACCUGAGGGACGGUCUCUGGUCGUCGGAGUAUUUCUGGGCCGCAGCUCCGGUGGCGGCCGGCCUGGAGUACCACGACGGCGAGGAGGAUGUUCACGGCUUGUAUAGUGAGCCGCUCCUGUGGGCGGCAGACCAGUGA